UAUGGGAGUAAAAGGAAGCUCAAUUAUGAAAUAGCUGUUAUUCUGAAUGUUAUAGUCUACCUAGGAUUCAAAGGUCUAAACUAAAAGGUCUAAAUAUUAUUUUAAAAGGCAAAGUUGUUCUAACAUGACAAAACAAAAUCAGAAAAUCCACCAGCCACCUUUUCAACUGAAACCCAAAGAAUUCAUAAGAGAAAUGGAGCAAAUUAGAAGAAUGAUCAUCUAAAAAACCGCCAUUGGUGAAGUGAUGAAGAACAUUUACUGGGUUAUUCUGAAACUUGUCAGUUUUGCAACUCUUGGCUGCUUAUGGAUUUCUGUGGUACAGUGUACAGUUUUAAACAGCUGUCUAAAGUCAUGUGUAACUAACCUGGGCAGGCAGCGUGACAGUGGAAAACCAUACAAUCUGAGUGAACCGUGCAUCCAAGGAUGUCAUUUUUGGGACUCUGUAGAUUAGGAAAACUGUGCUUCAAAGUGUAAUGAUACCUAUGCCACUGUUUGUGAGCUGAAGCUCAGCAGCAGCAGCAGAACACAGGCUGCGCUGGCCGGCGGGCUGACUUCUCCGCAGCGGGAAUCCUGCGAGGUGGGCUGCCGCAGCGCUGAAGGUGCCUAUGAAGAGGAAGUGCUGGAAAAUGUAGGUCUCCCCACUGCAUCCUUUGCUUCUUCCAUUGGAAGCCAUGGUGUGACAUUACGAUGGAAGCCUGCCAACGUCUCUGGAGUAAAGUACAUCAUUCAGUAGAAAUAUGCACGGCUUACUGGAAGCUGGACAUACACUGAGGCCGUGUCCAAGUUCUCAUAUGUGGUAGAGCCCCUGCAUCCUUUGACGGAAUAUAAUUUUCGAGUGGUCUGGCUCUUCACAGCUCAGCUGCAACUGCAUUCUCCCCCAAGUCCCAGUUACAGGACUCAUCCCUAUGGAGUUCCUGAAACUGCUCCUUUCAUUAGAAAUAUCGAGAGCUCAAGUCCCGACACAGUGGAAGUCAGUUGGGAUCCACCCCAAUUCCCAGGUGGACCUAUUUUGGGUUAUAACUUAAGGCUAAUCAGCAAAAAUCAAAAAUUAGAUUCAGGGACACAGAGAACCAGUUUCCAGUUUUACUCCACUUUGCCGAACACCACCUACAGGUUUUCUAUUGCAGUAGUAAAUGAAGCUGGUGAGGGGCUGGAAGCAGAAUCUAGUAUUACCACUUCAUCCCCAGCAGUUCAAGAAGAGGAACAAUGGCUCUUUUUAUCCAGAAAAACUUCUCUAAGAAAGAGAUCUUUAAAACAUUUAGUAGACGAAGCACAGUGCCUUCAGUCAGAUGCUAUACACCAUAAUAUUACAGCAAUAUCAGUUGAUGUCCACCAGUAAGUUAUUUAUUUUUCUGAAGGAACUCUUAUAUGGGUCAAGGAGGUUGCCAACAUGUCUAAUAUGUCUGGUCUAAGAAUUUUUUACAGAGGUUCAGGAUUAAUUUCUUCCAUCUCCAUAGACUGGCUUUAUCAGAGAAUGUAUUUCAUCAUGGAUGAACUGGUAUGUCUCUGUGAUUUAGAGAACUGCUCAAACAUUGAGGAAAUCACUACUUCCUCAAUUACUGCACCCCAAAAAGUUGUGGCUGACUCAUACAAUGGGUACGUCUUCUACCUCCUGAGAGACGGCAUUUACAGAGUAGAUCUCCCUAUGACAUCUGGUCGGGACUCAGCAGCCAGCCGUAUUGUGGAGAGCUGCACAUUACAGGACUUUGUAGUAAAGCCACAGUCCAAGCGAAUCAUUUACUUCAAUGACACCACCCGAGUCUUCAUGUCAACAUUUCUGGAUGGCUCUGCUUCCCAUUGUGUCCUGGCUCAGGUCCCCUUUGCUGACGUGAAGAGCUUUGCUUGUGAGAACAAUGACUUCCUUGUCACAGAUGGAAAGGCCGUCUUCCAACAGGACUCUUCCUCUUUUAAUGAGUUCAUCGUGGGAUGUGACCUGAGCCACAUAGAAGAGUUUGGGUUUGAUAACAUGGUCAUCUCUGGCUCCUACACGCAGCCACACCCUCUGCUGGGCUGCCCGCUGCAGCUCUCUGUGCUAUUUGGCUCCCACCAGGCCCUCGUUCAGUGGAAGCCACCUGCCCUCGCCAUAGGAGCCAGCCCUUCUGCUUGGCAAAACUGGUCUUAUGAGGUGGAAGUGUCAACCCAAGACUUUCCUGAAACCACUCACGUUUUCCCUGACAUAAGUGGGACCGUGCUGAAUGUAUCUGAGCUGCGGACUUCUAUGAAAUACAAGGUUUCUGUGAGGGCAAGUUCUCCCGCGGGGCCAGGCCCCUGGUCAGAGCCCUCAGUGGGCACCACCCUAGUCCCAGCUUUGGAACCACCAUUUAUCAUGGCUGUGAAAGAAGAUGGGCUUUGGAGUAAACCAUUAAAUAGCUUUGGCCCAGAAGAAUUCUUAUCCUCUGAUAUAGGAAAUGUGUCAGACAUGGAUUGGUAUAACAACAGCCUCUACUACAGCAACAUGAAAGGUGAUGUUUAUGUGUGGCUGCUGAAUGGGACAGAUAUCUCAGAGAAUUACCGCAUACCCAACAUUGCAGGAGCAGGGGCUUUAGCUUUUGAGUGGCUGGGUCACUUUAUCUACUGGGCUGGAAAGACAUAUGUGAUACAAAGGCAGUCUGUAUUGACAGGACACACAGACAUUGUGACUCAUGUGAAGCUGUUGGUGAAUGACAUGGUGGUGGAUUCAGUUGGAGGAUAUCUCUAUUGGACCACAUUAUACUCAAUUGAAAGCACCACGCUAAAUGGGGAAAGUUCCCUUGUACUACAGGCACAGCCUUGGUUUUCUGGGAAAAAGGUUACUGCUCUAACUUUAGACCUCAGUAAUGGUCUCCUGUAUUGGUUGGUCCAAGACAGUCAGUGUAUUCACCUGUACACAGCCGUUCUUUGGGGGCAGAGUGUUGGGGAUACUAACAUCACAGAAUUUGCAGCCUGGAGUAUUUCUGAAAUUUCUCAGAAUGCACUGAGGUACUAUAGUGGUCGACUCUUCUGGAUCAAUGGCUUUAGGAUUAUCACAGCUCAGGAAAUAGGUCAGAGAACCAGAGUCUCUGUUUUGGAACCAGCCAGAUUUAAUCAGUUCACAAUUAUUCAGACAUCCCUCAAGCCUCUGCCAGGGAACUUUUCCUUCGCCCCUAAGGUUAUCCCAGAUUCCAUUCAAGAGUCUUCAUUUAGGAUUGAAGGAAAUGCCUCGAGUUUUCAAAUCCCGUGGAAUCCUUCCCCAGCAGUGGAGUGGGGUGUAAUUUUCUACAAUGUAGAAUUCAGUGCUCAUUCUAAGUUCCUGACUAGUGACCAACAGACUUCACCUGUAUUUACUGUGGAAGGGCUGGAGCCUUAUGACUUAUUUAAUCUCUCUGUCACUCCUUAUAUAUAUUGGGGAAAGGGACCCAAAACAUCUCUAUCACUUUGAGCACCUGAAACAGUUCCAUCAGCACCAGAGAAUCCCAGAAUAUUUAUAUUACCAAGUGGAAAAUAUCACAAGAAUGAAGCUGUGGUGGAAUUUAGAUGGAAUAAGCCUAAGCAUGAAAAUGGUGUGUUAACACGACUCGAAAUUAUCUAUCAGAUAUCCAAUCAAAGAGACACAAACAAAACAUUUGAUGACUGGAUUGCCGUCAGUGUCACUUCCUCACUGAUGUCUUUUCAACUUGAGGGUGUGAGUUCUGGGUACACUGUUGCUUUCCAGGUUCGAGUCUUUACAUCUAAAGGACCUGGACCAUUUUCUGACAUUGUAAAGUCCAAAACAUCAGAAAUCAACCCAUUUCCAUACCUCAUAACUCUUCUGGGCAACAAGAUUGUUUUGUUAGAUGUGGAUCAAAAUCAGGUUGUAUGGACAUUUUUAGCAGGAAGAGACAUCAAUGCCAUGGGCUACACAGCUGAUGAUGCAAUGGGGUAUUAUGCACAAGGAGACUCACUCUGCCUUCUGAGCAUGCACAAUAGGUCCAGCUCUGAGAUUUUCCAAGAUGCACUGAUUUUUGGUAUCAAAAUUAUUACAAUUGACUGGAUUUCAAGGCACCUGUACUUUGUGCUGAAAGAGUCACAAAGUGGAAUGGAAAUAUUUGAUGUAGAUCUUGAACAGGUGAAAUAUGCCAGAAAGCUGAAGAUUUGCAAUAAAAAUUCAACAAUAAUUUCUUUUUCUGUAUAUCCUCUUUUAAGUCGCCUGUAUUGGACAGAAGUUUCAGAUUUUGGCUGUCAGAUGUUCUACUACAGUAUGAUCAACCAGACCUUGCAUCGCAUUCUUCAGCCCACAGCCACCAGCCAUCCAGGUGGAAGGAGCCAAUGUUUUUGCAAUGUGACUGAAUAUGAGUUAAGUGGAGCAAUAACUAUUGAUACAUCUGACCUAAAGAAGCCACUGAUGUUCUUUGUCAAAGGGCAAGAGAUCUGGGCCACAGAUCUGGAAGGAUGUCAAUGUUGGCAAGUUAGCAGGGUGCCUACUCUGCUUGGAAAAACAGUUGGUAGCUUAACUGUGAAUGGGGAAUUUCUACAUUGGAUCUCCACAGCAAAGGAUAGCUCACAGAUUUAUCAGGCAAAGAAAAACAAUGGGGCCACCUUCUCCCAGGUGAAGGCACUAGCGAGUAAGCAUAUCUUGGCUUGCAGUUCAGUUCUUCAGCCUUUUCCAGACAAAGCAUUUCUGUCUCUAGCUUCAGAUAUUGCAGAGCCAACUAUACUUAACACCACUAACACCAGCCUCACCAACAGAUUACCACCUGCCAGGACAAAUCUCACGGGGUACGGCAUCACCAGCCCUACUCCAACAUACCUGGUUUAUUACAAAGAUGUUGAAGGAGGCAAAAACAGCUCUGAGUUGAAAUAUAGAAUGCUGGAAUUUCAGGAGAGUAUAGCCCUUAUCGAAGGUUUACAACCAUUUUCCACCUAUAUGAUACAAAUAGCUGUAAAGAAUUACUAUUCAGAUCCUUUGGAACAAUUACCUCUGGGAAAAGAGAUCUGGGCAAAAUCUAAAAGUGGAGUACCAGAGGCAGUUCAGCUCAUUGACACAACCGUGCGGUCAGACACCAGUCUCUCUAUAUCCUGGAGUGAGACUCACAAGCCAAACGGACCUAAGGAGUCAGUGCGCUAUCAGCUGGCAAUCUCACAACUGGCCCUGAUUCCCGGGACUCCUCUAAGACAAAGUGAAUAUCCAAAUGGAAGGUUCACUCUCCUCGUUACUAGACUGUCUGGUGGAAAACUAUACGUGUUAAAGGUUCUGGCUUGCCAUGCCGAGGAAAUGUGGUGUGCUGAGAACCAUCCUGUCACUGUGGAAAUGUUUGACACCCCAGAGAAACCUUAUGUGUUGGUUCCAGAGAACACUAGUUUGCAAUUCGAUUGGAAGGCUCCAUCUAACACUAAGCUCAUUAGAUUUUGGUUUGAGCUCCAGAAGUGGAAGUACAAUGACUUUUACCAUGUUAAAGCAUCAUGCAGCCAAGGUCCUACUUAUGUCUGUAACAUCACAGAUCUACAGCCUUAUACUUCCUAUAAUGUUCGAGUAGUAGUGGCUUAUAGGACAGGAGAAAAUAGUACAUCCCUUCCAGAAAGCUUUAAGACAAAAGCUGGGGUUCCAAGUAAACCAGGCAUUCCAAAAUUAUUAGAAGGGAGCAAAAAUUCAAUACAGUGGGAAAAAGCUGAAGAUAAUGGGAGCUGACUUAUGUACUAUAUCCUUGAGAUCAGAAAAGGCAUUUCAAAUGAUUCACAAAACCAGAAUUUAAUGUGGAACAUGGUAUUUAAUGGAUCCUGCAGUAGUAUUUGCACAUGGAAGUCCAAAAACCUGAGAGGAACAUUUCAGUUCAGGGUAGUAGCUGCAAAUAAUCUGGGAUUUGGUGAAUACAGUGGAGUCAGUGAGUAUAUUAUAUCAGUGGGAGAUGGUGUUUGGAUAUCAGAAACAAGUUUUAUGCUUACUAUUAUAAUUGGAAUAUUUCUGGUUGUUACAAUCCCACUGACCUUUGUCUGGCACAGAAGAUUAAAGAAUCAAAAAACUCCCAAAGAAGGGCUGACAGUUCUCGUAAACAAAGAUAAAGAAUUGGCUGAGCUUCGGGGUCUGGCAGCUGGAGUAGGCCUGGCUAAUGCCUGCUAUGCGAUACAUACUCGUCCAACCCAAGAGGAGAUUGAAAAUCUUCCUGCCUUCCCUCGGGAAAAAUUGACUCUGCGUCUCUUGUUGGGAAGUGGGGCCUUUGGAGAAGUGCAUGAAGGGACAGCAGUGGACAUCUUAGGAGCUGGAAGUGGGGAAACCAAAGUAGCAGUGAAGACAUUGAAGAAGGGCUCUACAGACCAAGAGAAGAUUGAGUUCCUGAAGGAAGCACAUCUGAUGAGCAAGUUUAAUCAUCCCAACAUUCUGAAGCAGCUUGGAGUUUUUCUGCUGAAUGAACUGCAAUACCUUAUCCUGGAAUUGAUGGAAGGAGGAGACCUUCUUACCUAUUUACGUAAAGCCCGGAUGACCACGUUUCAUGGUCCUUUACUCACCUUGGUUGACCUUGUAGACAUGUGUGUAGAUAUUUCAAAAGGCUGUGUCUACUUGGAGCAAAUGCACUUCAUUCACAGGGAUCUGGCAGCUCGCAAUUGCCUUGUCUCUGUGAAAGACUAUACCAUCAUCAUGGAGAUUGGGGACUUUGGACUCGCAAGGGACAUCUAUAAAAAUGAUUACUACAGAAAGAGAGGGGAAGGCCUGCUACCUGUUCAGUGGAUGGCUCCAGAAAGUUUGAUGGAUGGGAUCUUCACUACUCAAUCUGAUGUUUGGUCUUUUGGAAUUCUAAUAUGGGAGAUUUUAACUCUUGGUCGUCAGCCUUACCCAGCUCAUUCCAACCUUGAUAUUUUAAACUAUGUGCAAACAUGAGGGAGACUGGAGCCCCCGAGAAAUUGUCCUGAUGAUCUAUGGAACUUAAUUACUCAAUGUUGGGCUCAAGAACCUGACCAAAGACCUACUUUCUACAAAAUUCAAGACCAGCUUCAGUUAUUCAAAAAUUUUUCCUUAAAUACUAUUUCUCAAUGCAGAGAAGAAGCAAGCCCCAGUGGAGUCAUAAAUGAAGGUUUUGAAGAUCAUGGCAGCACAAUUUGUUUGAAUUCAGAUGAUGUUGUAUCAAUUGCACUAAUGGAAACCAAGAACCAAGAAGGGUUAAACCAUAUGGUACUUGUUCCAGAAUGCAGCCAAGGUGAAGAAAAUUCUGAGGGUCCUCUAGGCUCCAAGGAAUCUGAUUCUUGUGGUCUGAGGAAAGAAGAGAAGGAACCACAUGCAGACAAAGAUAUCUGCCAAGAAAAACAAGUGGCUCACUGCCUUCCUGGCAAGCUUACAGGCCUGAACUAUGCCUGUCUCACUCACAGUGGAUAUGGACAUGGGUUUGAUUAAUAGCUCUGUUUGGGAAAUGCAGAGUGGAGAUAAACACUCCCUUUAAGUAGUCACUGAAAGAAAACCUUGGUAGAAUGAUAGAUGUGUGGUGGUCUAUGACUCUGAAUUAACACAGCUUCCGAAUUCCUAAAUUCUUCAUUCUGAGAGCCAUUUGGUUUCAGUUGUGACAAUCCCCAUAACAACUGCCUGACCUUCGGCAGGAUUCUGAGGUGAACCGCUACACUUUUGGAAAGCUUAGGAAGACUCAUGAAUCUGGAAGGGAAACUGUUCCCCCUCUCUCUUGAGGUCCCUAAGGCCAUUGCCCAUCCUUCAGUCUGGGCUAUAA